AUGUCCGAUUUCGACGUGAGGAAUCCAAUGUCCGAAAAUUACAAACGCCUACUUCCGGCGCCCAUGCCUCCCGGCUCUCAGGCCAAGGCACCGGAAUCUGCUUUUCAGAAGGAGACCGGUCCGCCCGUCAAGAAACGUACAGUUUCCAAGGCUGCCUGCAAUAACUGCCGUCUCAAGAAGAUACGUUGUGAUGGAAAAAGACCUGCCUGCACGGCCUGCAGCAAGGCUGGCGUGGAAUGCAACUUCGUCACCGCCAGUAGCGACGAGACUCCUUUCAUGGCUCUGAAGCGGGAGGUCGAAUCCCUCAGGAGAUCCACGGAAGACAUGCUAGAGAUAUUCGAUCUGCUUGAAUCAGCCCCUGACGCCGUGUCUCUAGACAUUUUAAGACGACUAAAAUCUACCAGGAAUCUAGCUGAGGGAGCGAGCGACACUUCCGAUAUCUUAACAUCUGUAAAAAAAGACCUCGAGGACGAUCCUCUUUUACCUGUGAAGCUAUCCAAUCGGCAGCUAAUGGCAGGCCUUAUACCCGAGACCCAAAAGACGCCCGAAUACGAACUCAUGAUACGAUGUCCAACCGCCUACCCGAUGUUGAUUCCGGUUGAGAUUGCAUUUAUUAACCUAGCCGAUCUAUUACGCCCAAUUAUUCUUGAACCGCCAAGAGUGUCUAGCUUGCCUUAUAACCUCGCCACCACGAUGCUAACGUGCGUUCGCAGCACCGGACAAGGAGACAUACCAUCAUCAUCAUCAUCAAUCGUCCCUGCUGGCCCGAGUGAGGGCAGCAUUAGAAGUGGGGCGUCACCAACUGUAUUAAACGCGAGUGACCGUGAGAUAGGAAACUUUGAACCAUUGCAAUCGAUGCACACGGUUGUUGACGACCGACUGAAGAGUGUGAACUUCCAGAGCUGGACCACCGUACCUAUUACAAACGAGCUAGCUGCAAACUUGAUCUCGUUGUACUUGGAGAUUGAUCAUCCAUGGUGCCCCUUAUUUGAUGCCGAUUUGUUCUUAAAUGACUGUAUGCAGGGGAAGACUCAUUUCUGCUCUACCCUACUUAUGAAUGCCCUACUGGGGUGGGCCUGUCAAUCGUAUUCGAGUUUACAGCCAGAGGCAGCGGCCUAUAGCAUUGCUUUCGAGUCAGAAGCUGAAAGAUUAUGGCAAGUGGAAAAGUUCACUAACACGCUGACUGCAGCGGCGGCUGCUCAAUUUCUAAAUAGUACAUCAGCCUCUAGAGGUCGUGAUGAUUUUGCGAACCAAUGCCUUGAUGAAGGUAUCCAAAUGGGGAAACGUAUGGGCCGUAAGUCAAAACUUCCGGAACGUACUUGGUGCGGCGGCGGCGACGUCACUAAGAUGCCCGUGUCCCUUCUUCGGGGUGGGUUCCGAAAACGCAUCGGCCCUAACCUGGUUGGAUCACCACCAAGAUUGGCUCAGAGCUGCAAGUCAUACCUCGUGGGGUAUAUUCUCAUGCGCUUGCAAAUACUCAUAGCCACAUAUCCUAGCAUACGUUCCUUGCAUCUCCAUCGAGCCGAGAUCGAAACCCCACCCUUGCUUCCCAUGCCAGGGCAGUACCAUGAGACCCAUGAACACACAAACUAUACAUAUCCACCCCAGCGGACUCUUGUGUCGACUCAAGUCAGCGAGGCCUUUAAAGCGAUUUGUAAGUUCAAUUUGAUCGUUCAUGAAAUAAUCUGGGCCUAUUUUGGGACAAGUAAUACCGUUCCUGCUGCCCGAGCGACAGUUGAAUUUGCAGAACAGAUAUAUCGAAGGAUGUUCGAAUGGGCAGCAUCGCUUCCCCUUGGACUAUCGCGUGGAAGACGCAACCGCCAUUCCAACUUGAUGUUACAGUAA